UAUCUGUCUAGUUCCAUUUUAGUUCUAGAUGAAUGCAACAUUCAUCCCGUUUAACCCUAACCUAGUAUAAAGAUUAAAAAAUAAAUUUCAGAUUAGCGCGUCAACAAAGCUGUAUAGAUUAAUAUAAUAGAUAUUCAGCAUUUAAUAUAUAGAUUCAGAGUGUAACUAGAAAAUUGUACAUGUUUGUACACUGCUACAAAAAAAUCAAUUUUGUUUAAACUAAGAUUGUCUAAGUUCUUACGGGAAUUAAAGUAGAAUGCCGAACGAAAACACUCUGCUUUUCGUGAGAGGAGAAGAAAACGAGAGUGAAAAUGACGAAAAUGUUUGGGAUGAUACAGUUUUGAUAGAAGCAUAUGACAAAGCUAUAAGUUUGGCUAAGGAAGAAGUAGCAAAGCGCAUUGCCAGAGAUGAUCAAAGUCAGCAAACAAACCAGAAGUCACCUAAAUCUUACACAAACCAGUGCAAAAAAUGGACUCCUGGUGCACCAUGUCGUGCAGUAUAUUCAGCGGAUGGAAAAGUUUAUGAAGCUAUUGUAAAGAAAAUUCAUGAAAAUGGGCUGUGCACAGUACAAUUCAUUGGAUACAACAAUACAGAAAAAGUAAAAUUGAGUUCUCUUCUGGAAUCUGAAGGAUUGGAAAGUCAGAUUGCACAGCAGAAAGAUGCGCUAGUGGAAAACGCUGCGGAUGAAGAAACUGCAGAUUCUGAUACUUCAGGUUAUUCGACUCAUCAGAAAUUCAGUGUUAAAAUUAAUGAAAAUAUGGAUUGUGAUACUGAAGAUCAAAAGUUUAGAUAUAAUUCUAAGAAUCCUCGACAUGGAUAUUCCAAUUUGGCAACAUCGAACACUCGUUCAGCAGUACCACCCCCGCCACCCUUACCACCGCAGUUGAUGGCUAAAUUGCCUGACACAGAUGCUGAUGCUCUGUCUAGUAUGUUGAUGUCAUGGUACAUAAGUGGAUUUCACACAGGUUAUUAUCACGGAUUACAGCAAGCCAAGCUCAAUCAUCAGAAAAAAAGAAACUGUCAUUGACAUGUGUCAUCGUAAUCUUUAUUUUUCUACAACCCAUCUUUUGUAUUCUGCAUUGUUCCCGUAAUUUAGGUAUCAAUAAGCUUUUUUUCUUUAAAUAUCUUCUUGCUAUAUAUACAUAUGAUUUUAUAUGUUGAGAGAUAUUGAUAUUUAUUCUAUGUUUUUAAUUGGAGUAUUAUUUAAAACAGA